AUGGCAAGAUAUUCCCAACCAGUCUUUGACUUUUAUCACCAGCACCCCUCCACAUUGGAUACGAAAACACAGCCAUCAGCAUAUCCUGAAGACGACGAAAUGAGCGUGCUAGACGACAAGAUUCUUGAUACCACUUCCUCAGACUUCACAUCGCCUGCCGACCACCGGAGGCAUUCAUACGAACAAGGCCCAGACGCUUUUCAACAUCGUGAUUCUGUCUGGUCCGAUAUCUCCCAAUCAUUAUCAAGCACGCAGUCCCGUCAAAAUUCGCAAGUGGGCCAUCCGUUCUUUGAAUCUGCUCCCAAUCCUUUCAUGAGGAUGGACGGGCUCCCGUAUGUGCACUCUCAACAGUGGUCGAUUUCCAAGGACUCUGGUUCAUGUACACCCUCCGCCAUGUAUGAGAACUACCCCACCGACAUGGAGAAUACUUCGGUCGCCCCCUUUGCUGGUGGCGCUGUGGGACCGGUGAAUACCGUCAGCAUGCCAUCCAUGACCUAUCGCCAGCAUAUGGCCUUUGCGCCGGCGGGUGCCGUCGCCAUGUCACCACAGUCAAGUCAGGGCUGGAUGCCGGCGUCGACGGACAUGCCUGACCCUAGUUCUCGACCGAAGAACAGCCCUACCUACCGGAAUAGCUCUCCUCUUAGCGUCCGCCGAGAUGGCAUCCGCAAGAAGAACGCUCGCUUCGAGAUCCCUGCCGAGAGGACUUUGAGCAAUAUCGAUCAUCUUAUCGCCCAGUCCACCAAUGAGGAGGAGAUAAAGGAGUUGAAACAACAAAAAAGGUUGCUGAGGAAUCGUCAGGCUGCUCUGGAUUCACGCCAGCGUAAGAAGCUUCACACCGAGAAACUCGAAGAAGAAAAGAAGCAUUUCACGCAGGCCAUCAAUGAGCUGGAGGAGGAGCUACAGAAUAUGAGACUCCGUGAGGCAGAACUUCUUCGCGAGAAGGAAGAAUGGAUGGCUACCCAGCAGAAGAUUUCGGAGUAUAUCAACAGCCUGCACAUGGACAAGGAUGAACUGAUCCGUGCCCAUACCCUUGAGACGGCAGAUCUUCGAAAGAAGAACAACAUUCUCAAAGAGACCGUGGAGAAAAUGGAGCGCCGUGUUAGAACUAACGUUUCCAAUGAGUUUUCUGACUUUGAGAAUUUGACCAUGGAGAGCAGCCCUUGGGAAGACUUUACCAUGGUCAACAGCCUAUCUCUAGACACGGACUCUGUUGCCCCCGCCGCUCAGCCUUCGCAGGCUAUGGUUGUCGCCACGAACGAGAAAGGCUCCGAAAAGCAUGCAAACGAGUAUCCAUUCAGCUGGAAUGCUUUCUACAUGUGCCUGCUUUUUGGUGCCUUCAUCGCCUCCAACAGUGCUUCACUCCCAGCUCGCUCUCUUCCGCGUCUCUCUGAGGAAUACCGCGCAGAAUCUGCAAAUGUUCUCAAGGCAGUGCUGGCUUCGUCACCACCAGAGCUUGCGCAAUCGUCGUCGAACCAGCCUCCUGUUUCUUCGUCCGUUGGGUUGCUUCCCACAACCAUUACUGGUGCUGAGAUGGCGCAGAUGACAGGGUCAGCACCGACAUCGAACCUGGACGAGCUUCAUGAAACUCUUGCGAUGCCGACCAAGGAGCAAGAACAGGAGCAAGCUUUUGCUCUCAACGCUGAGCAGUAUAAUUCGCUCACCACUUUUGAUGAAACUGGCGCCGGCUACAAGUCACAGCAGCCUUCUAAUCUACAGCAGGCAUUGGCUGCAAUGAGAGGCAAUGCUGCGCAGGCCAGGACGCCUCUCAAGGCUACCUCUGAUGUCUACUCCCGGUCCCUUCUGUGGGAUCGUGUUCCUGAAAAGGUGAUUCGCGACUUCCGGCGAAUGGUCCAGGAAUACGGCGCCCCUGCUGCCCGAGAAUAAGCUUCAGGCUUCCCCCCAGGCCUGAGUAGACCAGGAGUUUUCAUUCAGCGUAUCCAGAGACAGCUAUCAUUCUGCCGCCUUCGUUCCUCCCAAACACCAAUCUGAUCCUUUGACCUCUCAGCCCUCGACUGUUACGUCCUUUUCAAAUGACAAAUCUAACGAUAUACGACUGUUGGCCAGCUAUAGCCACACUUAAGCCAUAUACAUGCAUAGAACAACUUACUUUCCUUCGCCUGGAUAUAUGUUAUCGACUAGCUUUCUCAUCACCGUGCGACAAUUUAGCGAUGUUUUGAUACUUUUUUUGCGGGUUAUCGGCGUACAUAUGGUUUCAUUAGCGUCCCGAUAAUGCUUUGGAACGGAUCUCACGGGCCGACAAAGUGCUUCUGCAUUCUGUACACUCUAUCCAUCCUUCGUUCGGCGUUACUCUACACAGGGUAGUUCAAUAUGAGCUAAGGGCUCGGCGUCCUCAAUGUCAUCUACUACCCUGGAUCUCCGAAAGCGU